UUUUUUUUGUGGUAUCUUUAUUCUAUAAUAUUCGUCCAAAAUGCUGUCUGGCGAGGACAGCAGAACAGUCGCCACCACUCGCUCUGCUCUGUCCACACAAAAAUCUAUUCCUUUGCAUAAACCUAUUCAGCUAGCUGCCAUCUCAAACUACAAGCUAGCUCAGCUUACAUUUGCACCACCCGAUCUUCAUUCACUUCGCAAAACUGCCAUCAUUAAGAAUGUCCUGGAGACAAUCUACAAAGAAACACCCCCGCAGUGGCUGGACCAACUAACUCGCUGGACCUUUUUUACACCCGAUGACACCUUUGUUUUCAUUGAUGAAUUUAGAUCACUUCAAGAUAUGACACAAGAUGGACUCGAAGAAAUGUUUAGUGACUAUUUGCGUAUAAUGGAAGCAUUCAAGCCUAAUCAGCAACAGCAAGAAGAAUACGACGAAGAAGAAGACGAGGAUUUGUGGAACGACGAAGAUCAGAAAAAAUCUUUCGGAAUCACAGAAUCAUCGAUAUUUUCUCAUCCAGGGGCAUCGUUAUCCGAUGAAUCCCUUAACAGACCUCAGCGACCCUCACUGGAUGAUAGGGCAUCACUGGAAAUCCCCGAGGACAAAAAGAGCCGCCGGCAGAGUGUAACACCUGUCAAUAGAAAUCGGCUGAGUUGGACAAGCGACACGGGUAUCACCUCAAGUGUGGUGGCCCAGCACCUGGCAAACGAAAUCAUGAACCUUUUUGACAUGGAAUUCUCGGUUGAUAUACAUGUAAACACUGCACCAAAGCUACCAGAACUUCCGUUUCAUAAUCAUGCAAGCCGCCGCAAAUCAAAGCGCAUGUCUACAGAUUCAUUUAUGGCACUCAUACCAACUUUUGAGGCAUUCACUGUCGAUGAGAAAACCUAUCCCCGCACACGGCCUCGUAAUAUGUCCAACCCAAUAAUUUCUGAAAAUACUCCACCUCCUCGCCGCCGCUCUUCUAGUCUUCCUCUUACACCAGAUCCCAAACCAAAGCAAUCCCCAGUUUUGCCACAACGCUCUUCCUCUCUCAAAUACCGUCAAAAUACCCCUGCCAAAAAGAGUUCAACUUCUCUAAAGGUAGACCCUUAUAUUCAACCAAUAGCCAAAUCACAAUCAUCUCCAUCUUCAUCUUCAUCCUUGGAUGUAAAUAAUCGUGAAAGACAGUUUAAGAGCAGUGAGUUUCUCGCAGGACGGACACAUGUUUUGGGUGACGAAUCUUCGGACCCCUCAAGACAACCUUUGCGCCGACUGGCUUCUCUUGUACAUUAUGAGCACGGAUAUAAUAAUAAUAGUAAUACGAGUACUAGUAGUCUUCAUCCUUCACUUUGUUCAACCUCUUCAUUUUCUUCAUCUGAAGCUGGCUCCUUGACAAGAGCGGUCCCAAUGACAUUGCAUGAAAAAUCAUCAAAUUCAGAGAGACUAGUAAAACAGCGCAGCCAUCAACUAAUUCGCCCUUCUAUUGUUGACGCCAAAGAGAUCAGACGUUCUCAAUCUCUCGGGCGUUAUAAUUCCAAGAAAAACAAACAACCAUCUUUAAUGGAGCGGACCUCAUCCAAACAAGGUAACGGCGUCCCUCCAGCCUUUUACAAGCAUGAUAAGAAGCAACCCGACUUGUCACGGUCUAGAUCGGCCUUUAUUAAGAUCGGGAAAGGUUUGCGCACCAGGCGCACUCACAAAGAAGACACCAAUGGAUUUUCAGAAGCAAGCAUGGCGCACGGUGAAUCUCUUAAAGAGAAUAUGCCGCAUGGUAACAGAUUUGUUCAACGUAUGGCUACACUUGGUAAACGGAUGAGACUUCAAAGAGCUUAAAUUGUUUCAAAGAAGCAAAAUAAUUAUACAUACAUACACAUACACUCUCGCACACUCAAUUCAUAUAUAUAUAAUGAAAAAUGAAAAAAAGCUAAAA